GCCCCUCGAGGGGAACGAGGGCUAAGAGGCAGCUUUCGGAACUGGUUUGCGUCAACCUGAGCACCGAUGGAAUGCGUAGGACCGCCGGCGUCGCCAGCUGAAGUCUGGGAAAGGGAGUUCCCCUCUUGGCAAAAAGGCCCCUUUCUAAGCUGCUUUCUCUCCUUUUCCACUCCAACUCUCCCUUUACAAUUGCCGCGCUCUAGACGGCUGGCUAAGGAACGCAUUAAAGCCAACCUACUAACUAGUAAGUGAACCCCUCGCAGCAGGAGUAUUUGCAUCGAAAAACGAGGAAUUUGUUAAUUUAAACAAAUGUCCCGUGGGUAGACUGUGCAGGGGAAGGUGCCGAAAAGAUUUUCGACUUUGGUCUGCACAACCCACCCCCCCAGGUACCCUCCGAAGAGCGGGAACUGGCUCUGGCCCGCAGAGACAGGCCGCCGUCCCCGGCACUCGGCACCCGGCACCGCCCAGGGGAGCGGGGAGUGGAGGGGCUGCCCUCAGAGAAGGCCACCGGGGAGGGCUCCAGUUCUCUUACUGGACUUGGAGUCGGAUUUUGGAGUUGUCCGUCUAGAUUUCCAAGUCACACGGGACCACUCACACUCCCCUCGACUCCAGUUUCCCAUUUUUGCUUGCUCUCUGUAUCCGGAAGCGAGUUGAACUAGCUAACACAAAGGUGCAGAUUCCGAACGUCAUUGUGAUCGGGCAGGGAAACCGGGUGGAGACUUGGGGGCACUUUGUUUCUCCUCCACUCCCUCCCCUAUACCCACCCCGUGCUGCUAGGGCCUCGGGGUAGCCGGGGUCAGCCAGACUCGUCCGGGAGAGGCUUCCGCGCUGGCCCCCUCUCCAUAGUCAGGUCAGGAGCGGAUAUCCUCGAGGGUCCCUCGAGGCUGGGCCCGGAGCGACAGAGACGGGGGUCUCCGGGCGGGUCCCUGUGAAGGACCUCAUAGGAUGCGCGGGGUGGGCAAGACGGAAGUUCGAGGGCGCGCCGGGCAGAGGGUCACCUCGCCCCUACCUUCCAAGUUCGCCCCGUGAGCUGGCGGGAUGUGGCCAGACGGCGAGGAGGGGGCGGGAAGACGAAGGCGCAGCUCGCCGGCCCCCACCCAUCCUGCCCUCCUCGUCUCCCCUGCCGGGGCAGAGCCGCGGCAGAGGAGGGAGGCGUGGACCUGGUCGGCGGUCCCGGGCAGCAGUCGGCGCCCGCGGGCCCUGGGUCGCGCCCAAGGCCAGGCUCCCCCGCCCGGCUGCCGCCGGGCCUCGCCCCCGCCGCGCGCGCCCCACCCGCCUCCCCCGUUGCCGUGGCAACCCGGGAGCCUCCAGGCGCGCGCCGGGGCGCCUGCUGGAGCUCUUGGCAGCGGCGGCGGCAGCGGCAGCUCCGGCUCCAGCUAAGCGCGCUGCGACCCUGCUCCGGAGACCGCUCGUCGCCCCCCGCCCGGCUCCGGGCCCCCAGCGUGGUCCCCGACCCGGCCCCAGAGCCUGGCUGGCUGCCGGCCCCCAUGGAGCUGCUGGCCGCAGCCUUCAGCGCCGCCUGCGCCGUGGACCACGACAGCUCCACCUCGGAGAGCGACGCGCGCGACUCAGCGGCGGGACACCUCCCUGGCAGCGAGUCGUCCUCCACCCUGGGAAAUGAGGCCACACCCGAGGAGUGCCCGGCCCUCGACAGCCCCACCACGCUCACCGAGGCCCUGCAGAUGAUCCACCCCAUUCCCUCCGACUCCUGGAGGAACCUCAUCGAACAAAUAGGGCUCCUGUAUCAGGAAUACCGAGAUAAAUCAACUCUCCAGGAAAUUGAAACCAGGAGGCAACAGGACGCAGAAAUCCAAGACAAUGCUGAUGGGUCCCCGGCCAGUGCGGAGACCCCGGAGGAGGAUGAAGGGGAAGAGGAGGAGCCUGCAAGCCCACCGGAGAGGAAGGCUGUGCCCCAGAUAUGCCUGCUCAGUAACCCGCACUCGAGAUUCAACCUGUGGCAGGAUCUCCCGGAGAUUCGGAGCAGUGGGGUGCUGGACAUCCUCCAGCCGGAGGAGAUCAGGCUGCAGGAGGCCAUGUUCGAGCUGGUGACUUCCGAGGCCUCCUACUACAAAAGCCUGAACCUGCUUGUGUCCCACUUCAUGGAGAACGAGCGCCUGAAGAAGAUCCUGCACCCGUCCGAGGCACACAUCCUCUUCUCCAACGUGCUGGACGUCAUGGCCGUCAGUGAGCGGUUUCUCUUGGAGCUGGAGCGCAGGAUGGAGGAGAACAUCGUCAUCUCAGACGUGUGCGACAUCGUGUACCUCUACGCCGCCGACCACUUCUCCGUCUACAUCACCUACGUCAGCAACCAGACCUACCAGGAGAGGACCUACAAGCAGCUGCUCCAGGAGAAGGCAGCCUUUCGGGAGCUGAUCACGCAGCUGGAGCUGGACCCCAAGUGCAGGGGGCUGCCCCUCUCCUCCUUCCUCAUCCUGCCUUUCCAGAGGAUCACGCGCCUCAAGCUUUUGGUCCAGAACAUCCUGAAGAGGGUGGAAGAGAGGUCUGAGCGGGAAGGCACUGCCUUGGGUGCGCACAAGGAACUGGAGCUGGUGGUGAAAGCAUGCAAUGAGGGCGUCAGGAAAAUGAGCCGCACGGAGCAAAUGAUUAGCAUUCAGAAGAAGAUGGAGUUUAAGAUCAAGUCGGUGCCCAUCAUCUCCCACUCCCGCUGGCUGCUGAAGCAGGGCGAGCUGCAGCAGAUGUCAGGCCCCAAGACAUCCCGGACCCUGCGGACCAAGAAGCUCUUCCGGGAAAUUUACCUCUUCCUCUUCAACGACCUGCUGGUGAUCUGCCGGCAGAUUCCGGGAGACAAGUACCAGGUUUUUGACUCCGCCCCGCGGGGCCUGCUGCGAGUGGAGGAGCUGGAGGACCAGGGCCAGACGCUGGCCAAUGUCUUCAUCCUGCGGCUGCUGGAGAAUGCGGAUGACCGGGAGGCCACCUACAUGCUGAAGGCGUCCUCUCAGAGCGAGAUGAAGCGUUGGAUGACCUCGCUGGCCCCCAACCGAAGAACCAAGUUUGUUUCCUUCACGUCCCGGCUGCUGGACUGCCCCCAGGUCCAAUGUGUGCACCCGUACAUGGCCCAGCAGCCGGACGAGCUGACACUGGAUCUGGCCGACAUCCUGAACAUCCUGGACAAGACAGAGGAUGGGUGGAUCUUUGGCGAGCGUCUGCAUGACCAGGAGAGAGGCUGGUUCCCCAGCAGCAUGACUGAGGAGAUCUUGAAUCCGAAGAUUCGGUCCCAGAACCUCAAGGAGUGUUUCCGUGUCCACAAGAUGGAUGACCCUCAGCGCAGCCAGAAUAAGGACCGCAGGAAGCUGGGCAGCCGAAAUCGGCAGUGACCCCUGACCCCGGCCUGGCCAAGGGAUGUGGGUGGGCAGGAGCAGGUCGUGGCGGGCAGCCCCCAGCGGACAGCAGAGGGGCUCAGCGGGAAGGGCGGACGCUGCCGCAGGCAGCAGGGUGUGACCCGGGGUGCCUUGGCAGGAGUCGCCCCCACCCCUCACCCCUGCUACGUGGUUAGUGCUCAUGUGUCUUGGCCCCUUGCUCACAAACUGCAGAAAAGGGGCCCACGUCUCUCCUCUGCUGCAUUUGUAAACGAAAAAGUGUAUUUUAAACAGUGUUACACCACCUCUUCUUCUUGUCUCUUGGGAGGGGCAGACAGAGGAUGGGCAUGCUCCAGGGCCCUUCCCAGGCACUGAGAGGCCCCAGACCCAGGGUGUCCCUGGCCAAGGGCAGGUGCAAAGGUGACGACGUUAUGACCCCUGCACGUGUCCUCUCCCCUGGAAGCUGUUAGAAUCGGCCAGGUGCACAGAUGGACCACCCUUGCCUGAUGAACUUGACGAGUGUCCUUUGGUCUCCGACUCAAAGGACUGAGAGCCCAACCGCCUCUGUCCACCUCCGCCCCAAGCCUCUGCCAGUCUCUGGCUGCACGGCCAGGCCUGCCUCACGGCCACCAGAGCUUGGCUCAGGGCCCACGCCGCCUUUGGCUCCCUGAUGGGCUGGAUGUAACUCGCAUCUUCUGGCCCCUUGCGGAGCCCUGGUGUUAUAAAGAAAUGGUCACUGCAUCCUGUAUGGGUUAUGGUUCCGAGAAAAGCAAAUGGCAUUUCUGGCUGCAUUAAAAGAAGCAUCAUGUAUAAA